CAGGAUGCUGUGGGUCGUUGGUACUGCUGUAAUGAUUCUCACGUUUCUCCUAAAAUCUUGCAAGAAGUGUUGUCGGAGAAGGUGUACAUCCUUUUCUUCUCUCGUACCAAACAGAGGUCACCACCCACCAAGACAUGUUUAUCAAUUAAUGGGUCAAAAUCCAAUCACUCCAAUGGCUUGGCUAAAUCCAAAAUCUUGACCAGUGACUUAGCAAAAGCAGAAAACGAAAAGCAAGUUUUAGGCCACCCCUCCGAGAAAGAAAAUGUAAUGACGUCUAAGGUCAGUAAAGUGCAUUCGAGCCCAGUGAGAGAGUUGGGCAUAUUUGAAAGAUCUUCCUUCAAGAGACCUACCUCUGGUAAUAUCAAAAUGGUUUUUCAUUCAAAAGAGUCUGGCAAUAGAACUGGUGAUGUGAGAGCAUCAGUUCUUACAGAGAAAGAGAUUACAUCAUUACCAGACAGGAAUGGUGUUAGCAAAAGUUGUGGUAAUGGCCAAAUGACAAGAUCACAUGCCUUAACAAAUGGAAAUGGAAAUGAAAAACUUCCAAUUGUAGCAACCAGCCCUGUAGCAGAUGGUCCCCUUAAAGAUUAUGGUGGAAGUAAUGGAAAGGCUGCAGGAAAGGAUUCAUACCACAAAGAGGUGACUAGAUCAUCAUCUUUAGCAAAUGGAAAUGGCAAAAUCCAAAGUGUUGCAACGGAUACCUCGAGGGGAAGUCUGCAUAGAAAUAAUGGGGAGAAUAGUGAAAGCCUGGCAGCAAUAACUUCUGCAUACAGGGAUACAUCCAAUGGCCAUGUUGAAUCGUCUUCUAUCUCAGGUUCAAAGAGAAAAUUAUCAGAUCAAUGCAUCCUGCUUGAGUAUGAUGCUCAGUCUCGUGCAAAGGUGGAAGAAUUGAAAAAAGAGUAUGCUACUCUAUCUUUGAUUACCUGUAUACCUUUGCCUUAGUAUUAUUAUAACACAAUGACAGAAGUUUUGAAUUCAUUAUACAUGUCCUUGCAUUUGCUAGAACUUGAGAUUAUGUGGUUUGAAAAUGCUAGGGGAUGUCAUGAAGGAAAGCAGAGCAACAUACAAAGAUUUAAGCCUAACUGUUUAGCUCUGUAUUAUUUUUGGUGUAAACAAGUAGUCUUAGAUAGCUCAGAAGUAAUCAGCACAACUAUAGACUGGCUGUAACUUGGUAGGUAUAGGAGCCUAUGUAACUACAACACUUUUGGAGGGGAACUACACUUUUGAGGUAGUAUACCUGUGGAUAAAUAUAGACUAACUGUUACUUUUAUCAAAAAAAAAUAUAUAAGCAAAAUCAAUUAGUUGAAAUAAGACUAGUUGUGAUGUUGUCAUACUUACAUCAAAUCUGGUGCUGGUGGAGACUUGCCAUGAUAAGUAUAAGAGUAGAGAAGCUCAAGAUUUAAUACCUCUAGUUCGUCUUGAGAGACACAUUAUUUUAGUAUGAAAUGAAAUAAGCCCAACAGAGGAAUGGAUAUGAGUAAUUCAUAUAACCGACCCAAUUAUUUUGGUAUUAAGAUGCAGUUGAUUGAUUGAUGAGAUCCAUUAUUGAUAAGCUUCCUGUCGUUCUCCUUGUAAAAAAACACCAUUCUAAGCUAAAUAGGUAGUAGUUGUUACAUCUCCAUUUUCCUCUCGUGAACGAGUAAAAAAAAAAUUUGGAAAAAAGUAGUCCUAAAUGAGGAUAAGAUCAAACAUAUAUUUCUUUGAUAAUUUUUCAUCUAAGACAUGGAUAAACAAAAAGUUGGACGGGAGGUUAGACUGCCUUCUAGGAGAGAAAUACACUGUUAAUACCAGAAAGAGGAUCCUCCAGUUUACAAGACAGAAUAUUUGAUGCAACUUUAGUUAUAACUCAUACCUCCGACUACCUUUGAGAAUGACUCCAGCCUUAAGGACGUGCUGCCAAUGGACAAAAUAACUACACACUCAAAAUAUUCCUCACAAGCAACCAAUGAGCACGAAGUCAAAUAAAUUAGAUUGCGACUCAGAAAAUACAAAUUGGUGCAGAUCAAGAAAGUUCAAUGAAAUCCAGCCGCAUUAAGCAUUUUGAAAUCCUUGGAAAGAUGUUUGAAGUAGCAUUAAUCUUUUCAUCCUAUGUCUAUCCAAGGAAACUAAAUAAAGUUUAGCUAUAGGCUUGACUUAUUAAAUGAAUCUUCGUUUUCCAGACGAAGAUGUCAAAUGAAUCUUUGUUAAUAUAUAAAAAGGUUGACUUGACAAGAUUGGCUUUAUUACUUUGAAUCUUCUUUCCUACAAUCUCAGAUAACAAGAAAGCCAAAUUUGACCAAAAAUACGUCAUCAGAAGGUGUCAUUUAGCUUUACCCACUCCUUACAUGAUCUUAUGGCGAGAACAGCACCCAUUGAAACAAUCAUUAGAGCCCCUCUACUUGACUUGUAAUGGCUAUGUUUAGAAGCAGAUGGGAAAGAAACAUAAUGCUCUGGAAGCCCACAACCCUUGUAAAAAUUGAAUGUGCAAUAUCAUUAUAGAACCGUCAGACAGCCAAAAUGGACACCAGAUGAGGAAGAGGUUAGCAACAUUAGAACUGAACACAUUUAAAAUGAUCUAUGAAUAAGUAAGACCACUCCACUUAAUGAACCUCAACUUACAAGAUUUCUCCCAAAAGCACAAAAGAAGUCUAGGAUUUCCCAAGAGAACCUAAACUAACACGAUACAGACAAAAGAUUAUCAACCUAUAGUUACUAAACGAAAAGCCCCAAAAUAUGCCAAGGAUAAAUUUGGAUGUCACUAUAAAUUAGGUGAAAAGAAGACUACUAAAGGCAACAGACCUGCUCAAGAGCCUUGUAGUUAGCAAAUGCCAGUUUGUUUCUCAUCAUUUAUUCAUAUUCACUGGAUAGGAGGGGUGAAAAGAAUUUCUAAUACAAUAUAUAGCUCCAAAAUACACACAACAUUCCUCUAAUUUGUACUAGGAGUUUUCUGCUGCUUCAAAACGCUCUCCUGUUCCUUUAUAGCAGUGGGAAAGGUGGUUUUAGUUUUUUUGGCACAUGUAUAGAUGCCAAGCAUUUCAAACAUCUCAUUAGAUAAUGUUGAACGCCACUCUGAUGAUUACUAAUAGCUUCAUACUAGCAUCAUAGGCAAUUUUUGGAAGCAAAAUAAUAAGAGAUAUAAGACAGGCAGCUUGUUAUGUGGUUAAUUACAUUAAAGGGCUUUUAGACCUGAUUCAAAGUUCAUAGACAAAUAAAAAUGAGCAGCAAUAUAGAGAUACAGACGGCCUAAGUCAGAAAUCUACAGAUACACAUUUGAAAGCCUAAUUAUCGCUGUUGACUCCAGAAAGUUUCACAUCCAUCCAGGACUGCUCCAUUGACCCAAAAAAUUAACUAUGUUGCUCAAAUAAAUCUAAAGAGAAGGAUUUGCAAUAUUUCAGUAAAUCCCAAC